AACUCAAGAGCAAAUAUUGACUCAAGACAAGUUUUUCUUCAUUAACUUCUUUUAUCGAAUCUCUCUUUUCUCUCUCAAUCAUCAUGAUGAAACAGUAUUUGUCCAAGGUCACCGAGUUCUUUAAGGCUCCUAUGACCAACGGUAUGGCUCUUGGUUCAGCGGCCGUCGUAGUUAUGGCAAAAGAAGCUUUUGUAACAAUGGCGAAUCCAAUUCAAGAGAUUAUUGAGAAACAAGUUCUAACGGUAGCGAAAGCUAUGGAAGAUAAGCUAGACGACGAGAUUGCGUCUUUGGAGAAGCUUGAUGAAGACGAUUUGGAAGUUUUGAGAGAGAGGAGAUUGAAGCAGAUGAAGAAAAUGGCGGAGAAGAAGAAACGUUGGAUGAGUCUUGGACAUGGUGAAUACUCUGAGAUUCAUUCUGAGAAAGAUUUCUUCUCCGUUGUUAAAGCUAGUGAACGCGUUGUUUGUCACUUCUAUCGUGAGAAUUGGCCUUGUAAAGUGAUGGAUAAACACAUGAGUAUAUUGGCAAAGCAACACAUUGAGACACGUUUCGUAAAGAUCCAAGCUGAGAAAAGCCCAUUCUUGGCUGAGAGGCUUAAGAUUGUUGUUCUUCCCACCCUUGCCCUCAUUAAGAAUACUAAAGUGGAUGAUUAUGUGGUUGGGUUCAAUGAACUGGGAGGGAAAGAUGAUUUUAGCACAGAGGAUCUGGAAGAGAGAAUAGCCAGAGCACAAGUGAUCCAUUACGAGGGAGAGUCAUCUCUUAAACCAAAGUCUACUACACAAGUCAGAAGGAACGUGAGGCAGAGUGCUCGUUCAGAUUCUGACUCCGAAUAGAUCCUUAACAAGGGUUUGUUCGUUUGUAUCAUGUUGUUAUUUGUAAUACUAAGUAGUAAUUCAUCGUUUUGGUGAUCUGAAAUGGAUGUUGGUCGUUAGAUUGAGGAACAUGCGAUAUCUAAAAUACUAAAUUGAUGUUUUAUAU